ACACAUUUUAACCUGCAAUUACAAAGAAAUUAGAUCAAUAAAAUGGUCCUAAUAGUAUUUAAUUAUUAUUAGCCUAUUUCAUUUUUACCGUUUUGGAGGAAAGCAUGUUUGCCUCACUUGGUAGAAUAUAUUCUCGGUUUUCAUUGGCUACUGGGGAGAAUUCGAAUGAAGAGCUGUGCCUAUCCCCAUAUAGCCUCUUAGCAGGGGCCAGGACUCGAAUACCGGAAGCACUCGCAGCUGCUAUGACUUACAGUGUAAUGAAUGUAAACAUUCAAUCAGCGGUGUCCUAGAAGGUAUUUUAUCCUACAAGGGAAGCUUAAUUUUGUUGUAAAGGACGGCAACACGCAAUACAUCCAUCGAAGGAAUCUACACAUUGAAUCCGUGUUUUUAAGUGCGGAAUAACUGAAAUCAAAGGAAGUGCGCUGAUUUGACAGUACGGUCAUUUGACGGGCAUUGCAGAUAACCUGACCAUACAGUCUACUUAGACAAUGAAUGUUCUUCUUCAAUCAAAAUGUGUUCUCACAUCAACUUCGAUACGGCCCUGGAUGGUAUGCCUCACUGCAGCAAGACCCUGCAGCCAAAAGUCAAAGCCGGCCGUCGCGUCUAAGCUGCCCUACCGCGUGAAGCUGACGGGGGGCAAACGCCACUCCUGGUGUGCAUGUGGCCACAGCAAGAAGCAGCCUUUCUGUGACGGCUCCCACAAGAAACUUGCCCCCGACCUCCCCCCUCUGCGCUUCGUCCCGGAGAAGGACACCACGGCCAUGCUCUGUGGCUGCAAGCACACGGCCAACCCGCCCUACUGCGACGGCACCCACUUCAAAGUCAUCUUCCGCUCCAUCAAAGAGUUCGUCCUGCCACGAAAGUCCUCCUGAAGUAAAUGCCAUGUAGUUUAGUAAAUUAAUUUAAAAACAUGAUGGUGAUUGAACAGACAUAUCAUUCUUGUCUUUUAUAUAAUCAAUUUACUGCGUAUAAAUUGCUCCAAUUGAUAAUAUUUCAAUGGAUAGUAUAGAUGAGUGUAUUUAUCAGCAUUUGCUCAGUGCAGCAAAGGAUUCAGGAUCAUCUGCUUUUGUUUGUGAAAGCACCGUAUUCUCUUAGAACACCUAAUAGUAGGCCAUGUCUCAGUGCCAGUAUUAAUAUUGGGUGCUUUGAAUGCAUCAGUUUGACAUUAAACUGACAUCGGAAAUCAGCAAAGUACUAGUCAUUGGAACUUACUAGGAUACUAGAAAUUAACUGGGCAUUGAAAUCCGGUUGGAGUGCUACUCUGGCUGUCUAGAUUGCCUACUCCAAAGGCAUACCCAGGAGUCAGGUUUCACCCCCUACACCCACCAGGGGCCUCACAGGGUGGCGUAAGAGCUGAUCUGUGGUCAGUACAGCCUCUGGAUCUCCAUAAUAAGGAUCUGUGUUAAGUACACGAGUAUUGGGGAAGUGCAUGCAAGUUGUCUGGCUGUCCUAACACUGUGUGAAUGUCUCCAGUCAGAGACAGGCAGUGGACCAUGACCUACCUCCAAGAACGUGCCCGCAUUCCUUCACCAACAAAAACACAAAGAAGCAAAAUUCAGGUGUUUUACUGCCUUAAAGAACAUACAUUGUAACAUGCAGUGCUAUAAAAUAAAUACAGAAUAAUUUUUGUUUGGUACAUAUAAUUGAUAGCAAUGUACAGUAUUACAGUUCAGUCCCCUCAUCAUGUUGAGGGGAUUUUUUUUUUUGUUGUUUGUUUUAAACUUGAAUGCUUCACUUUGUCAAGUGCUUUUGGCCAUGUUAAAAUCUGUGGGCUGUUUGUAACAUUAUCACUCCGGUUUUAAGUACUGUACAGUGGAGGUUGUUUUUAAAUGAUGCAAUUGUAAAGAGCUUGGAGCUGUCUGUUGACUACAAAAAGUACAAUUUCACAAAUUCAGCUGCCUUUCAUGUGCGAAGCAUUACGAUUACAUUCUAAUUGUAGUGCAUUUAUAGUGUUUAAAAAAAAAAAAAAAAGGCAACAAACCCCAGUGACUGCUCUCGUCACCACGGAGAUAGAUGGGAUAAAUAAGAAUACAUCUUCUCAAUGCUCCAAAUAAAAUAAUAACGCAUGGCA